CCUCCGUGAAGAGGAAGCCUCCAGUCCAGAAGAGGGCGCACUACGACAGAAUGAACAGCGAUUUUCCGCACAGGUUUUGUAACAACAGGAAACAGGUAAUGCUUCUGGUUGUUGUAGUUAUUAAUAAGCCCAAACUUCGGCAGUAUCUUGUCUCUAUGGGCCGAAGUUGUGUUUUUUGUGCGCGGAUAUGAGCGACAAGCGCCGGGAUCUUCCAUCCUGGAUGCUAGGGGGAGACGCGAAGCGAAACGAGAAAGGAGAGUUCCGAAAGAGCGUGCCAACACUGGAAAAAAAGAAAAGAACAGGAGUCCAGAGGGAGACGCUGUAUUUCAUGAACGAGGCUGAGCUCGUUGACGCAGCGUUGAGAGUUCUGACUGAAGGAGGUGGGGGGAACCCUGGAACUGGAACCCGCGCGCUGCAGCAUAAGACAGAGGCUGAAAAGAAUACGCGAGAGUGGCUGGCGAAGACAAAUGGUGACUCUAUAAAGAGAAAAAAGCAACCGAUGUUUGAAUCGGACACGGAGGAGGAAUCGUCGGGCCGCGAAUUAAGCAAGGAAACGUGCAUCUCCGAGACGGAUCCGGAGGACUUGGCGGAGAAGGCAACGCUGCCUUACGCGCCGGCGCUGGAGCCCGGAGAACGAGGCGCGGAGGGCGCGGCGGAGCGGGACGCCGAGGAGCCGGCCCUCCCCGGCCGCGGCGUCGCCCCAGAGCCGGACCGAGGGAGCGCCUCUCCAGGGGCCUCGGACGACGAAGCUCUCCGCCUCGUGAGGGAAAUCUUCUUCACGUGAGCGGCUGUCGCGAGAAUCGCUGACCAGCGUGACCGCGCACCUGGUCGUGCGGGUAAUAAAGCUUACAGACAGAAUGGCUAGCUGACUGUGUGUGUGUGUAAGAGAAAGAUAGACAACCAAUACUGGAGACACUAAUGGAUGGAAAACCUAAACACUGCCUGAACACUGACACUAACGUUGAAUAAAAGUAGUGAACAACA